AUGGUCGGGGGUAUGCUCAUCCAGCAAUGCUGUCCCAUGGCACCCUCCAAAUACAGCCUCCUGUUUUCUGGGGACCACAGCAUGUUAUUUCUCCAGCAACCUUGUUCCCUUCCAUACAAGCUCCCCCUCACUUUUUGCACACAACACUUAAGACAACCCGAACCCCCGCUCGCACUAUUCACUUCGCCUGCUUCUCUGCGACAACUUUUCACCUCAUACCAACUCCCUUCCCGAGGUGCGUUCUCGUUUGCUGAGUCCGGGACGAGUUGGAUUGACAUUUCUGCAUCAUAAUUGCGAAGUACCCACUCAUUUUGAUACUUGGAUACACGGACUGCCGUUCACACUUUUGCGACCUCCUAUCACAGUAUGAAGCGUUCUUCUUCAAAGCUCAUCGGCAAGGCGAGCUCCAUGCGCAAUUUGAACAAGCUGGGGUACAAGUUCGGGUUCGACCUCCACAUCGAGUCUGUGGACAAGAUUAUAGCGUCAAGUGAUGUUGUCGUUACCUGGGAACGGGGAGCCAAGGUUCUGUCAACGAAGGCUGCAAAAAUUGACAGGUCCUCUCGCAUCGCUCAUUUCGGAGGCGAAGUUCUUUCACAAGAAGUCACCCUCUUCAAGAAGAAGAAGGAGGGCUCCAACUUCGAAGACAAAGUCUACAGGCUUGCCGUUCGUCAGAACUCUCAGCGUGGUAAGAUUAUCGGUAAGAUUGAGCUCAAUUUUGCCGAUUAUGUUGAGAUUCCGUCAUACUCGAAGCGCGUGGGCGCCCCGCUUUCCUCUGGUGGCCGUAUCGUCAUGCGCGUCGUUUCCACGUUUCUCGCAGAGGCAAAAAAUAGGAAAACCUCUCGCGGCACAGCCUCCUUAGGCUCUCACGAUCCGGGAUCAGAUGGCCAGUCAUCUACAGUCGGAGAUGACGACGAAAGGUCGGAAAUCGAUGCCGGUGAUUCUCUGGACGACAUCGGUGUUGACGAUGCUACUCUUAACGUGCAACCACCGCAACCUAAAUUGCAGCAAUACUUGAGAAAACCCUCGAUUCGUAAUCGUCAAGGGAAUACACCCGCUCCUGAAGACCCUGUACAGAAGCCAAAGAUACAGCGCAAGCCAUCUGCGUCACCGAGAACCGCGUUUUCAGGGACUGACUCGUCACUUGGAACCUCACACAGCAGUCGUUUUAGAAGUACUGAGACGGACGUCGGUGCCACUAACACGGCAGGACCAUCACGGGUUGAGUUUGACAAGCUGCGUAGGGAAAAUCGAGCGCUCAGGCGACAGAACGAUGACCUUCUUCAAGACAAGGAAUCGCUUGAACGGGAGCUAGAGGACAGCCGGUAUGGAGAAGACGCAGAAUCUCUUAAAAAACUGAUGGCAGAAAACACAGCUCUGAGACGAGAUGUAGGAGAUCUGGAGGUAAAGCUUUCAAGGGAGCCCGUCUAUUCAGAUGUCGUGCGUGAUUUGCGAGAGGCGAAAAUGGCACUUGCUAUUCUAACUUUGGAGAAGGAUGAGCUUCACCAGCAAUUGCGAAAGCUGAGGAGGGGUUAAGCAGUGACAGAACGGUGUUCCUGCCAGUGAGCGGUCAGGAAGCCGGUCGGGGAGUACUGCCACUGCAGAUGCGACUUAUUUGGCCCCAUGAAAGGGGGCCUUCAUGCUUGGUAGAUAUAACUUGAAGAUGGUUGGGGUUCGGUUGACUACUAGUUCGACUUACGUGUGUAGCACGUUAACUACAGCAUCCCAGACAUAUAUAAACGUGGAAAUGACUUUUU